AUGGGAGACUUUAACGCAAAAGUAGUUAGAGGAAAGUUCGAAGAUAUUGUUGGCGAAUAUGGUUUGGGACUACGGAAUGAUAGAGGUGAUAGACUGCAGCAGUUUUGUCAGGAAAAAUCUAUGACCAUAAUGAACACAUGGUUCAGGCUGCCGACCCGCAGAUUAUACACAUGGAAAUCACCCCAAGACAAUCUAGAACACUGUGUUAGAAAUCAAGUUGAUUAUAUAAUGAUAAACCGAAGAUUCAAAAAUGGCAUCAAAGGCACUAAAACUUACCCUGGAGCGGACGUUCCCUCUGACCAUUCUUUACUAGCAGCUAGCUUUAAGUUGACUCUUAAAGCCAUAAAGAAAAGUGGAGAAAAACAAAGAAUAGAUUUGAGCUUGUUGAGAGAAAACGGGACAAGGCAAAGAAUUAAACAGGAACUGAAUGAAAAUUGUAGAAAAAUGAGGGAAGAGAUUUCGGAUGAGUUUGAAGCGGAGGAUGUGGACACGCUUUCGAACAAAUUAGAGCUAAUAUUGAAGAAAUCUGAAGAACACUUGAAGGGAACUGCAUAG